GUGCAUUAGGGUGAACAUGCAUAUUAAUGGGUAACUCACAUAAGAAAAUCGCUUGGAGCAGACGAUCCAAACAACAACAACGAAAAUCAUUUUAUGAUGUUGUCGAUGGACCGGGGUUUGAUACAGUUGACCAUCCACCGGAACACUUAUCCUACACUUGUUUGGACGCUCUGUUCACAAUCUCUUCCGUUGUCGGUUACAUUGCUGAUACAGGCUUUGACAUAGCACUCGCUGUAGAAUAUUGGUAUCACAGAGAUUUUCUGCUCUUUGGAUGGACAGCUGCAUUAAUUGUAUUACCAAGUAUUAUACUAACUGUAUGCAGUAUCAGAUUUUAUAUUUUGGAUGCGAAACACAGUGAAGCUCCGCCUGAACAUUGUUUAAGAUGGCUGCUGAGAGCAGUGUUUUUGUUGUUGCAUUUGGCGCCUGUUAUCAGGUACAUCGAAUCAAUAUACUUUGGUUACAAAAGCAGAAAAUGUCAUGACAGAAAGGAAAGGGAAAAGUACUACUACCUCAUGUUAUUUGAAGAUGUUGAUUCAUCUAUGUUAAGGCUAUUUGAAUGCUUUACUGAGGCAGCACCUCAACUAGUAUUGCAGUUGUAUAUUAUGAUUAACCAGGGGACUGAUGAACAUUGGCUGAGAGUAACUCUUCAGAUUGGUGCUGUAUUUACAUCCUGGAUAUCUCUGAGCUGGUCCAUCGUAGCCUACCACAAAGCAUUACGUUACUCUCGCAAUGACAAGAAAAAUAUGGAAAUUCCAGGAAUCAUUCUCAUGUUCUUAUGGCGUAGCUGUAUAAUCGCACCACGAGUAAUUGUACUUGCUCUGUUCAUUGCAGCAUUUGGAAUUUAUAGCAUUAUUUUUCCUCUGGUACAUUGGAUCAUCAUGACAACCUAUUUAAUCUCAUCAGCUACAAAAGCAGAAUUUUGCAAACAUUUACCAGAGGAGUAUCUAUUCAAAGCACUAAUGGGAAUAGUCUAUAUAUUUUGUUUUAUAAAUAUCUAUGAAGGACACACCCGGUUCAGGUACCUAUUUGUAUAUACAUUGGAAUAUGUAGAAAAUGCAGUGCUGAUAUUAUUGUGGUACUUCAUGACAGCACAGACAGGUGUUUGGUACCACCUACCAGCACCUAUAUUUGUGUUGUUGCUGUAUCCAAUGGCUUUGGUGUUCAUGACAGUGUAUUACCUGCGCUUGCAUCCCACUGGUGCCAUACACAGGGGGUGUCUGCCAUGCCCCAACCAAGAAUGUUGUGCCAAAGUGACUCACAUAAGGGAAAAUUAUACCAAGGAGUCAAAUGGCAGUGUUCUUGAAAGGACAGGUUCAACAAAUAGUCAUCACCAUAUGGAACACAGAGAACAGUUACAUCAUACCGUAAGAGAAGAAGAUAUAGAUACAUCAACAGCAGAGUUGAAACCCCAACAAACUCCAGAGCAAGAUGAUAUUGGGCCUGAGGAGAACCAAAGCUUUCAACAUGAUAAAUGUAUUUAUACAACAUCACUUUAAAAAGAAUGAGACCAAUAAAAGAAUAUUUUACAUCAAUCACAGCAUUA